AUGCACCUUUCUCGCCCUCUUUUUUCUCUCUUUGCCAUUUGCCAUUCGGCCGUAAAUGCUCUACCACAAAUCCGAACCAUUGAAACCACAUUCACAACCAUUAUCACCGCCAAAGAUGAGUCGAUCACAAGACGCGUUACUUCAACUCCCAUCUCACAAUCAUUAUUGCACCGCAAAAAUCGCUUUGAAUCAGAGAUAUCAGUCGUCAACAGUGCCAUCUUCGAAGACUGUACUCAAGUCGAAACAUCUCAAGAUGUUCAAGUCUUCAGUUGUGCUUCUGUCUUCGCAUCAUCAUUACUUGAGGAUCUCAGUCUGUUUUCCAAGCCAACAGCCACUACAAUUUUCUCAACUGAGACCGUGAUUCCGGUGCAAGCUACAGGUGUUCAGCGUCGCGAAGUUUUGACGCUUGGUGAUGAGGUCUUCACAGUAGCAGGGCUAGUUUCGUCAUUGAACUUGGGAGCUAUUGAGCCAUACACCGCGCCAACUCCAGACAUUACUCUAUUCAAACCGCAUGCUCUAGUCUCUCCCGGCUCAAUCGCUACCGAGACCAAUGGUCAGCCCAUUCAAGCAAUAGCCCGCCGUGGUAGCGAAGACGAAUCUGCUGUUGACAUACCUACCUUUACUACUCUCUCACCGGUUCAGCCCCCAGUCUCCUCCCAAAACUCUCUUGCGACAAUCACAGCACGCCAGGAUAUUGCGAAUCUUACCCUCGCUGGUUGUGGUACUGCCCCUGGCGGUUUUAUCACAUGCGCUCAAACUACAUUCAGCAACUGCGUUAGUUCAGCGGGUGAACAGACAUGCAAUGGGCAGAUUCCUUUGCCUUCUUCCACUACUAGUGAAGUUCAAUCGUUCCUCCGGGUUGUUCCGACCACCCUGCAAAGAGGAGGAGAUAUCAUAACCACAAAUCUGAUCUCGGGCUUGUUUCGCACGACUCUUCAAGCUCGCGCAUCUCUUGCGACUGAGGUUCCUAAUGCUUCCCAUGAGGACUUCAAUAGUGAUGAUAAGUAG